AUGGACGAGGAAGUAGAUGUUCUGGUCAUUGGAGCUGGUAUGCUGUUUCAAUAUACGCAGAUGAGACGGAUACACGAUUUAUGCUGAGUCCCGCGCGCAGGCAUCUCCGGACUGGCAUUUGCCUCAACAUACCUGGGUGUCCACCCCAACACGAAUUUGCUUCUGGUCGAGAAGGAGGUGCGUAUUGCUAGAGUCAAAAUGGGACGCGCAGUUCAGACCCUGACGUUUUCACAUUGGACAGGCAAUCGUAGGUGGCACUUGGAACCAACGUGAGUCAUGUCGUGCCACAUGCGAAUGACAAAUUGACUGACGCUAAGGAAGGCCGUCUGUACGACCACUUCUACACCCAGUGGUCCGUUGGCUUUGGUGAAUUCUCCCAGCAGCGAAUGAGAGUGCCACCGGCAGAAGAUCAGUACUGGGGUCUAUUCAAAGCGAAGCACACCACCAACUAUCUCGAGGAAUUCGCGAAUAAUCAGACCUUUGCUGGCCGUUCGCUGAAAGAUCGAGUCCGCUUCUCGAGCCAAGUGAUCAAUGCUCAAAGAUAUGGCGACGGCUGGCGGAUGGAUCUACAGGAUGUCAACUCCUCUCGAGCCCACACGAUAUCUGCUCGCAAGCUUAUCCUUGCCAGUGGUUUGACAAGCAUUCCGAGCGUACCGCAGCUCAAAGGCCGCGAGAACUUCACUCCAGAGAUCCUGCACAACAUCGACUUUGGCUCGUCCGGAGUUCUAGCAGAUCCCAAGGUCAAACACAUCACGGUACUCGGGGGCGGCAAGUCUGGAGCAGACAUGGUAUAUGCAAGCGUGAAAGCCGGCAAGGAAGUAGCGUGGAUUGUGAGACCCAGUGGCACAGGGCCGUGUACUUUCGUCGAUGCCAACGGUAAGGCUGGCUUCAACAAUGCUUUCGAACUUGGUGAGUCGCAGAUCGAGGGACAAGAAAAAUGAAGCUAAUGUUGCCAGCUUCAACCAGAGCUGUAGAGGCUCUGCAACCUUCUUACUUCGCGACAAGGAAUUGGUGGACAAAUUUCCUCCACAGAACGAAGAUUGGUCUUGGCCUUUCUCGCAAGCUCUGGGACGGCGCACAUGCGCAGGCGGUCGCGAGCGCAGACUAUGCAAAUCGACCAGCUAAGGGGGACUUUGGCAAACUUGUUCCCCAUUCACCGUGCGCUCUCUUCCGAUCCGUCAAAUUUGAGCCCCAAGUGCUGACUUCUGGCCAGCCUCUUCUGGCGGAAUAACGCCGCUGGAAUCGUCAACCACAGUGACUUCUACGAGAUGAUCGCCACCUUUGUGGACAGCUACUACGACGAACUCCAAGAGCUCGAAGGCAACACGAUCCGACUUGGGUCUGGAAGGACCAUCCAAACAGAUACAUUGCUGCUCGGCACCGGAUGGCAGGACUCUCUGAGCUACUUGGCGCCGUCACUACGAGCGGAGCUCGGUCUGCCAUAUCCCUUGAAAUCGGAAUCCCAGCUCGACCAGGGGCAGAUUCUCGCCGCGAAGCAAUGGAGCCAGCGAGAGCACGAAGCCGAUGCAAAGAUCGUCGAAAAGUAUCCCCUCCUAGCCGAGCCUCCGCAGCACGUACGAUCCCCGACGACAGAAUCCCCAUACCGGCUGUACAACCUCGUCGUGCCCGUCGACGAUCCCUCCCACUCCUUCGCCGUAGUCGGAAUGCUAGGGACGACGAAUUACUUCCGCACCGGCGAGGCGCAAGCCCUCUGGAUCACGGCGUACUUUGACGGGAGACUGACUCUGCCAGCGGUGGAUGAGAGGAAAGAUGAUGUGGCGCACUUCGUCGCGUGGUGCAGGCGUCGCUACCUGAGCACGGGGAACGAUGGGAAUUCGGUGAAUUUUGACACUCUCCGCUACACGGAUCGCCUGUUCGAGCAGCUCGGUCUGGUUUCUCAUUUGAAGACUGGCUGGUCCUAUUUCUUCUCACCGAACACUGCGCAGGAUUAUGCUGGGCUACAGAAAGAGUACAUUGAGAAAUAUGGGAAUCUCAAAGCGACAGUGACUGGAGUCCAGUAA